AUGGUGAGGAUGACGUGUAGACCUGGCGCCUUUGUAGAUCAAGACACGCUUCUUCAAUGGCAGGCCUCGACGCGGCGUGGAGGCAUACAGACACCGAACGAGCUGACGCUUCGGCGCCAAAAGUCAGGUUCGGAGGUGAGCGGCGGGCGGCGGGCCAGACCACACGCGCAAACUCCAAACUCGUCCCAGCUUUUCCAGCGACAACACAACCGCCAUCACGCCCCUCGCCCGCGUCAUGGCUCGGUGAAGGCUGCCGCAUCCUCCCCGUCCAUGCCCCGCGCCCGCAUUCCCGAUGCCAGCCUCGUCGCCGGCGCUGACGCCCUCAUCCUGCCCUGGCUCGCGCCGAGAGCGCUCGCCGAGUCUCCGGUCGUGAGGCGCCGGCGCCGUCAUGGAGGAAGCCGCCCAGCACAGACAGCGAGGGCACAGAUGGGCCAUGCAGGGGCGAGAGCAGCUGCUGGCCAUGGGAGCUCCCGCUCUCACUGGCAACCACGCACGAGGCCGGCGCUGGACCUGCGAUACGCCGACAUAGCCUCGUUCGCGCACCGACAUGCACGGAGGUACACCACCGGCACAGAGACGUUCACCACGACCUCUACUACCCGCACGGCCGCUUCUUCCGCGACUCCUACCACCGGCACAGAGAGCUCCGCCCAGGCUACAACCCGCCCAGCACCACCCACGACCACGGCUGCCUCCAAAGCCUCCAGCGGCAGCCGCUACUCGCGCAGACGGCCCUGGAAAGACGAGCUGUCCAGGCAUGCCGCGGACCUGACGCCAGAAAAAGCCGGGCGAGCACGGCUGAAGCACAUGGCUGUGGCCGAGGCCCGCCUCAAGCGCCAGGUCGAGCGUCUGCAGCGGGACCGCUGGCGCUUCAGGAACAAGCUGCUCUACGACGGCCAGUACAGAUCGCUGCGCCGCUCCAUCCUCGGCCUCAAGCGCUGGGGCGAGACCACCGAGGAUGUGCGCAAGGACAGCAGCAUCGACCCAGACGACGAGCACUGGAUCCUGCGCACCUUUGCCGCCCUCGACCGCUCCACGUACGCGCGCACCAACGUCCUCACCAAACCUGUCACGCUGCAGCACGACCCUCGAUGUCGCCGCUACACCUCGAGGCUGUUCGCUGGCGUGGACGAGAACGGCCCGGAGCGCCUGUGGACCAAUUGGCACGACUUUGGCGAGAGCAAAAAGUUCUACGAGAGCAUCCUCGUCUACAUGCUUGAUCAACAACCAGGCCGUGCACAGGCCUUCCUCCCUGUACUAGCCGCCGAUGCCUCGCUGCCAGAGGCUAAGUCGGUCAUCCUGGCAGAUGCCCUCGCCCACCUGGCAAAGCUGCACGUCAAAGGAGAGUACCCCUCGGACCAGGGCUGGGGCCUCACUUCCAACGCGAACGCUCGGAACUUCAUCUCCACCUUCCUCCUCUGCACCCGCUUCGUCAACACGGCCGUGUACUCGCAGGAUCUACUGCACAGUCUGGUUCUGCUAGCCGACACGGCCGAUCUGCAGAAGACCUACGACAUGUUGAUCGAGUCCAAGACACGCCUGUCUGUGGGCACUACCUUGCACUACGCGAGCGCAUUCGGUGAGGCUGGCGAGUUUCGCUAUGCGCUGCAGUGUCUGGAACGCCGUCUCGCGGCCUUCAAGGAGACGGAGCGCGCACUCGUAGUCGAUACCGAGCGCUUUCGAUGGACCUGUGCGGCCAUCCUGCGUGGCAGCAUGCGUCGAGGAAACAACUACCACGAGACACCGAGCAUAGUAGCGGCCUUUGUUGGAUUGGGCGUCAAGAUGGAUCUCCUGCUCUACGACGUGGUCAUGCGCAAUGCCAUGGACGCCGGCGACUUUGCCACUGCGUUCAAAGUCUACAACGCUCUGGAUCAGAACGGAUUGACCCCGGACAAAUACACGUUUUCCAUCCUCCUCCACGGGUGCACCAAACAGAGCGACCCUGCCAUGUUCAAGGAUUUUGGCGACUGGUGUGUUGAGAAAGCAAAAGAGCUGGGCGAUCCCUGGUUGGCUACAGACUGUCUCUACUAUGCCUACAUCUGCGAGCAGAGCAAGGCUACCUCGGCACGCGACAUGGGCUUGCUUUGGCGGACCUACUUCCACUUGUUCGAUCUGACCCCACUAGAGCCUUUCUCUCGAUACGGCAGCCGCCCGAUGAAAGACGCCAUCGACCAGCACCUCGAGCCAAACACCCAAAAGCUGGCCUCGACACCCAUGGCAGUCUACCUCAUGCUCCAGACCGAGAUUCAGACAACCCAAGCGCUCGGCAUCCACUACCUCGAGCGCCUCUACAAGACCUUGAAGCAAGCUCUCCUCAAAGCACCUCAUCCCGCCCUCGCAUCCCUUGCCCAGACCCCAGCCAUCUGGAACGCCUUUCUGCACGCCUUCUGCGCCCAGAAACAAUACGCAUCCGCCUCCCAGGUCAUCAAAGACAUGACCGCCCACGGUCCCGCACCCAACAUCUACUCGUGGAACAUGUUCAUGCAAUCCUUCUUCAAAACCGGCCAAGUCACCGCCGCCGAGCGCGUCUUCGCCAUCAUGCGCGCCCGCGGCGUCGACCCCGACGCGUACACGUACGGCGUCAUGGUGCGCGGGUACGCCAAAGCCCAGCUCGUGGACCGCAUCGGCGAAACAAUGCAGCACAUUGCCGAGGAAGCGCAGCUCGACCCGGACCUGCUGCGCGCCCUGGCGCAGGUCCAGAAGCGCCAGGACCUUACCGUCGCGCUGGAGAAGAGCCGCGUCGAGAGGGAGGCCAAGGAGGCGCAGGCCAAGGAGCAGGCAGCGCGUGAAGAGCAGGAACGUUUUGAGACGCCGCGGUUUGCCUCGCUGCUUACUAAUGCGUUGAGGUUCCGGCCCGCUGCGCAUUGGGAUAACGGCGUCGCGAAUGAUGACUUUAUGGAGCCGGAUGAUGAGGAGGUGGUGGUGGAGUCGAAGAAGCUGGAAGGUCGGACUGAUGUCGAUUCAUUGUCGAGCUCAGACCCCAGAUUCAAGUCGCUCCUCGGUAGCCGAACGUCAGGCGUCGCUGCGAAGCCAUUGCCGCAGUUCAAUGCCCCGCCAACGACGGAGGCGAGGUUUGGUGGCGUGCAGAGCAGCGAAGAGGAGAAGUGA